AUGUCGUCUCCUCUCAUUGUCGGCUUAACGCAUGAGUUGACCGUCAUUUUUUUCAAUAGUCGACAGCGUAAUGUUAUAGACGACAUCCGCGGAAACAACACUCUAGGAGUAUCUGGUGGUACUACUUCAGGAGUAUAUGGAGGUACCACUCCUGGAGUAUCUGAUGGUAAUACUCCAGGAGUAUCUGAUGGUACCACUCUAGGAGUAUCUGGUGGUACCACUACAGGAGUAUCUGAUGGUACCACUCCAGGAGUAUCUGAUGGUACCACUCCUGAAGUAUCUGAUGGUACCACUCCAGGAGUAUCUGAUGGUACCACUCUAGGAGUAUCUGGUGGUACCACUAGAGAAGUAUUCGAUGGUACCACUCUAGGAGUAUCUGAUGGUAACACUCCAGGAGUAUCUGAUGGUACCACUCCAGGAGUAUCUGAUGGUACCACUCCAGGAGUAUCUGAUGGUACCACUCCAGGAGAAUCUGAUGGUACCAUUGCAGGAGUAUAUGAUGGUACCACUCCAGGAGUAUCUGAUGGUACCACUCCAGGAGUAUCAGGUGGUACCACUCCAGGAGUAUCUGAUGGUACCACUCCAGGAGUAUCUGAUGGAGUAUCUGAUGGUCCCACUCCAGGAGUAUCAGGUGGUACCACUCAAGGAGUACCUGGUGGUACCACUACAGGAGUAUCUGAUGGUACCACUCCAGGAGUAUCUGAUGGUACCACUCCUGAAGUAUCUGAUGGUACCACUCCAGGAGUAUCUGAUGGUACCACUCUAGGAGUAUCUGGUGGUACCACUAGAGGAGUAUUCGAUGGUACCACUCCAGGAGAAUCUGAUGGAGUAUCUGAUGGUACCACUCCUGGAGUAUCUGAUGGUACCACUCCAGGAGUAUCAGGUGGUACCACUCCAGGAGUAUCAGGUGGUACCACUCCAGGAGUAUCUGAUGGUACCACUCUAGGAGUAUCUGGUGGUACCAAUAGAGGAGUAUUCGAUGGUACCACUCCAGGAGAAUCUGAUGGUACCACUUCAGGAGUAUCAGGUGGUACCACUCCAGGAGUAUCUGAUGGUACCACUCCAGGAGUAUUUGAUGGUACCACUCCAGGAGAAUCUGAUGGUACCACUCCAGGAGUAUCUGAUGGUACCACUCCAGGAGUAUCUGAUGGUACCACUCCAGGUGUAUCUGAUGGUACCACUCCAGGAGUAUCAGGUGGUACGGUACCACUCCAGGAGUAUCAGGUCGUAUUCCAUUGCUUACUUUUAUUGCCUCUAUUAACGUCAAUUCUGAGCUAG